AUGUACACACGAGCCAUCGCCCGUCGAGAAAGAGACGUUGCGCCUCUGAUCCAUUCCUGGCGAGUCUACGCCCAGAACCAAAUGAAACAAUUACCGGCAACCCGUCAAAAAGAAUUCAAGAAGGAAAUACAAGAAUGGUCUGAAGGGAGGAAGAUCUUUCUGCUAGAAAAGUGGAAAGUGCGUUCAGGUUAUAAAUAUGUCAAUCUCCUGCAGGUGCCGAUCUGGUUAUCGCUCAUGGAGGGUCUGCGCGCGAUGACCGGGAACAAUCAGGGUCUUGUCCCAAAGCUACUAUCAUGGUUCGGAGGUCAUAACGCCGCGGACUCUGUGCACAUCCCCGUGGAGCCGACUUUAGCGACUGAAGGCGCGCUCUGGUUCCCGGACCUGCUAGCAGGCGACCCAACAGGCGUCUUGCCGGUUGUUCUGAGUGCCACGAUCAUCAUGAAUAUCCGGAGAGGCUGGGGUGUUACAACGCCAUCGGCAGCUAUGGCCGAUCUGCCGACAAUGCAGAUGUACCAGGCCUUUUUCUUCCGUGGAUUGGGAUACUUCCUUCAGUGUUUGGCGGUCAGCGUUGGAAUUUCGGCAUUCUCUAAUGAAUUGCCUGUGGCUCUUAUGCUCUAUUGGAUCACCAGCGCCAAUGUGGCCACUCUGCAGACAUACAUGCUGGAGAAGCACAUGUUCAUGCGGCCGCCGAUUCCCAACUUCCAGAGGAAAUUCGUCGCCUAUGAGAGACCGGGUGUCUCUGAUCCCUUCAAGCAGAAACUGAGUUGA